UAUUUGUUUUAAUGUGUAAAGGUCGGAUUGUUUUUUAAAGAUAGCUUUUUAAAGUCUUCUAGUGGCAAAGAAAUGUGUUCAGGAACAGUAGACUUGACAACUUCCCAUCAUGCCAAUGGAACGUAGCAGGAGAAAUUUUUAUUUCUGGAUCUUGAUUACAACGUUAACACUGGCACACUGGGUGGUGGAAUGUGAUAAGCUGGAAGGCUAUUCAUUCCCUGUGUACAACACAACGUCAUGUCCCAGUAACCAAUCAGAAUGGAGGAAUAGAUCAUCUGACCUAAACUGUACAGAGAGUAAUGGAUACAUGUGUAUACCUAACGAGAACAUUACACAACUGCUGGAGUUUUGCUACAGAUAUCCAAGGAUUCCAGUUGAAAAGAGUAUCUGUUUGAUACUAAAGAAAUCAACGUCUCUUGUUGAAGCCUACAGCUGUAAACAUUUUAGAAAUGGGUGUCCGGAUAAGCUGUACUGGAGUAAUCAAGUCUUUGAAUAUCCAAGUUGCCUAUCUAUUGGACAUAGAUGUUUUCUUGAUGAACCUCUCUGUAAAGAUGAAGGAAUUGCUACCACAACUUUAGGAAGUACCCCCAUCCCAGAUAUCGAUGGAAGUAAUAGAUGGGUUUGGAUUCUAGUUUUAGGAAUAUUUCUGCUGAUUGUAUUCAUACUAUUUUUUGCGCUUAUAAUCAUCUUCAAAAGAGGAGAUCAGAAGACGUUGGACGAGGGGCACAAAGAAGCGGAGACAAUUCCCCAUAAAAUGGACAGCUCGGGAGAAGGAGAAGAUUUUAACAUAGAAGAAAUUCCACUCAUAGAAUAUGAAGAGGAAAUACAGGAAAGUGAAGGGAACCAAGAACUGAAUGACGAGUCUAUACUUUUGCCGGCAAAUACAAAAACCCUGGACAAAGACAAUAUUUUUGGAGACCAAUCUACAAUUGAAAUGAACAGAAAACAAUUUAAGGAAGACAUAGGAGAAAAGAAACCUGAGGAUAAUUCCUUGUCAGAUUUUGUAGUGGAAAAACAGGACAACAUGCCAUAUAUAGAUGAAACCAGCAAUGCAGCAGACUCCCCAUCGGAAGACAUAAGCAAAGAAGAAUAUUCCUCGUCGAAUAAAGACGUUUUAGAGGAGAUAAACAGCUACUUAGGCCAACAGGAGGGCAGUGACAGAGCAGAUGCAGAAAAGCUUAAGAUAGAUAAAAUAGACAUAGAAAAAACCGAGGAAGAAGGAGGAGAAUGGAAGUUCAAUGAGGAAUCCUUGAAAAAUGAUAAAGGAGAAAAACAUGACAACACACUACAUUUAGAUGAAACCAACAAGACAGCGCACUCCUCAUCAGAAGACAAUAGAGAAAAAGAUUAUUUCUCAUUGGAUGAAGAACCUCCAGAGGGGAUAGGCAUUGAUUCUAAACAAUAUGAAGACAGCGAUAGAAUCAUUUUGGAAGAGCUUAGGAGAGCUGGUAUAUAUCUUGAUGGCUAUGAAAUAUGGGAAACAGAGAUGUCAGAAAAAUACAAGCAGUUGUCAACUGAGGAACGCGCUGCUUUAUUUCUCCUCCUCUGUAGCGAUAAAAAUACUCUUAUCUUGGAAAACACAAAACCAAUAAAAAAAACAUUUUAUGAAGUUUGUGGGACAAAAUACGAUUCAAAGAACAUAACUGAGAAUAUUCAAGCAUUGCAAUUGAAAGGAUUCGUAUCCAUUGAGAAAGAAAAAGUGACAUUUACUUCAGAUUGUGUACAAGACGAGACAAUGUUUGAUUAUUUACUCACAUGUUGGGAGAAGAGGAAAGAUGAUGACCAGGACAAGGACAUUACGAGACAAUUACUUAAUGUGUCACUAGAGAGUUCUUUGAAAUAUUUUAGGUCGGGAAAUUUCGACGGAAAAGGGAAAUUUGUUCGCUGUUUUGACACAAGCAAGGUCUUCAAAAACCAUUGGAUUACAAUUAAAAAUACUAAGUAUGAAGCUUUAUUUACCAGAAUUAUUUCUAAGCUUGGAAGAGAAAUACUCAUUCAGGACAUCUUGGAUGAUAAAUCAUUGCAUUCAACUAUUACAGACCAGUUAAAAAUCCCUGAAGAGGUAUUACAAUGGGAUUUAGAUGCACGACGUCGGUACUUAGAGUACUUGAAAAAAGGAAAAACACCCAUAUAUAGAGCACGGGGAAUGAUAGUUGGCUGUGCGGGUGCCGGAAAAACAACACUUUUAGAAAGACUGCAAAGGAAAUCAAUGGAAGACAUACAAAAAAUAAAGUCUACUGUGGGACUAGAUGUGCACAAUGAUAUUUUUGAAGUACAGGAAAAAGAAGGAGAUAAUCCAACGGGUAGUAUCAUCCACACGUAUGAGAUAAAUGAGUAUAUCUCUACGCAGCACAUUGUUGUGCGUAAGUGCGAACCUGCAAUCCAUAUAAAAGAAAAUGUUCCAAUUGAUGAUGCAGAAAAGAUUGAGGGGAAAAAACUUCUAAGUAUCCUGGAUUUUGGAGGACAGUGCAUGUAUUACGCCUGCCAUCAGAUCUACCUCAGUAAACGAGCGUUCUAUAUUCUGGUAGUUGACAUGUCUAAAGACUUGGAGGAUGUCAUAGAUGAAGAGCUGUGCGAUCAGAAGGAUACAAUGUUCUCAAAAUGGAGCCACAGGGAUUAUCUUUUAUUUUGGUUGAAAUCUGUUAACUGUUACUGUGGAGAUGAGGCCCCUGUUAUCCUUGUAGCUACUCAUGCAGAGGGGAAAUCGGAACAGGAAAAGACUGAAUAUUAUCAAAGACUUAUCGAGACGUUUCCUGUGUCUUCCACGAUUAAAACACACUUGUCCAGCGAUAGAUUUUUUACAUUAAGUCUCAAAGAACAUGAUAUUUCAUGUGUUGAAAGUCUGGAUGAAUUAGAAAGAAACAUUUUGGAAGUCUUAAAGUCACAAAAACAUUGGGGAGAAGAAAUACCCCUGGAUUGGGCCAUAUUUGAAAAAUUCAUUUCAGAGAAAAAAGAGAAAAAACUUGAGAAACUAGACAAAUUAAAGGAGUCAUUUGAUGAAGUGCUUUUUUUAAGCAGACAAGAAUUCAAAGACUUAUUACGCUUUUAUCAUGAUAUUGGUGUGAUUCUAUAUUUUUCAUUUAAAAAACCAAGGAGAAAUGACGAGAAACUAUUUCAAAUUUUGAGACGUAAUGACUAUCAACCUUAUUCUGGUCCCGAAAUAGUUAUACUGGAUAUUCAGUGGUUUGUCAAUUCAUUUAAAUAUGUGAUGACGGAUUCACAGCAAGCCAGUUUCAAGAAAGUAAUAGAUGCGGCUCCCACUAGAGAGGCGCUAGAUACAUUUAAAGCUACAGGAGAGAUCUCGGGCACAUUCUUAAAAGCAAUCUGGACAGUUACGAAAAAUCAAACUGCACUGGAAUAUAAGGAUGAAAUGAUAAAAUACAUGGAACGAUUGGGUCUUAUGGCGAUAGAAGAAAAGUCAGAUAUAUGUUUUAUUCCAAGUAUGAAUAGAAUGAAAGUUCCAGAACAUGUAAAAUCAAAGAUUCAUUCCUGUCUCUACACGUCUCCAACUCUGUACUUCAGAUUCACAGUUCUGCCGGUCUUUCUCUUCUACAGACUGAUUGUGCUUUGUUUAAAGUCGCAGUGGGAAUCUUUGAUGGACGGAAGGAAAUGUAUUUAUAUUGACACUGCUAUGUUUUAUUAUAAAAAACACGUCUUAGUUUUAGGAGUAAGCGAGAGUUAUAUACAGUUGAUGCUGUAUAAUGAUGAUGAUCUGAUGCAAGAAGAAUCAAUUCAGAGGGCCUUUAGCGAUGUUAAAAGAGAAGUAAUGGCGAUACUGUCUUCUCUAACAAAAACAUUUAACAGCACCCUUCAUUAUGAAGUUGGAUAUAGCUGUACACCUACAGAGUUUGGUAAAGAUCUAGAGAGCACUUUUAUAACAGAGAAUGUUCUGUUUAAAUACAACGGGAAAAAAUGCCCCCUCCACGCACACGCAGAAGACCAUGAUAUUAGAGCCUUAAGCGUAUUCUUGGUUCGACAAGAGGCUUUAGACCCUUCAGUCCCAGAGUUUCAGUUUCCAAUUUCUGUAGCUAUAUAA